CAAGCACCUAGGCAAUGCAGAGUGCUUCUACAAACAUUUGUGAAAGAAUGGGCUGCUCUCAGGAGCUCAGUGAAUUCAAGGUACUGUGAUAGGUUGCCAAGUCCAAUUCAAGCAAUUUCCUUGCUACUAAAUAUUUCACGGUCAACUGUUAGUGGUAUUAUAACAAAGUGGAAGCAACUGGGAACAACAACAACAACUCAGCCACGAAGUGGUAGGCCACAUAAAAUGACAGAGCAGGGUCAGCAUAUGCUGAAUUGCACAGUGCGCAGAAGUCGCCAACUGUCUGCAGAGUCAAUAGAUAAAGAUUUCCAAACUUUGUGUGCCCUUCAGAUUAGCACAAUAACAGUGCAUAGAGAGCUUCAAUGGAUGGGCCGAGCAGCUGCAUCCAAGCUUUACAUCACCAAGAGCAAUGCAAAGCAUCAGAUGCAGUGGUGUAAAGCACGCCACCACUGGACUCUAGAGAAGGGUACUUGCCUGACUGCAAUGUGCCAAGUGUAAAGUCU